ACAAGUUUCAGGGGAAAUGAAUUUGCUAAUCUGUUCUUAAGAAAUUCCGUCGAGAGUGCCGUCCCAUUGGUUUCGGCAGCUGUGCUGUGCUGUAUGCUGAAUCGCUUCAUCAACCAAAUUCCUAUACGGUAAUCCCGAUCCUCCCAAUUUCUUCGGGCUCAAACGAUUCGGGAAAACGCUGAAAUGAAUUGCAUGUUUGGGCAUGCAAUUAUCAACGACACAAUUUCAAUUAAAUCUCGAGGCUAGGAUAUGGAAUCAAUUUUGAUGGAUGAUAUGCGCAUUGGGAUUUGAUUUUGGGAUUUUCGGCUCCCGGUUCUUGUUCCACUUCCAAUUUCCGCCUCUAUAUGGACCUGGAGAAACCCCAACCUAAGAGGAUUUAUCAAGUUUGGAAAGGAAGUAAUAAAUUCUUAUUUGGAGGAAGAUUGAUAUUCGGUCCGGACGCAGCAUCUUUGUUGUUGUCGACUUUCCUGAUUGUUGGUCCAGUAAUUGCAUUUUGUGUCAAGGUUUUCAUUAUCAUCAAAACUGCAACAAAUGUUGGUCAUUGGUAUGCCUUACUCGUUUUCGCCAUAAUGCUAACCAUAUUGGAUAUAUUGUUUCUCUUUUUUACAUCCAGUAGAGAUCCUGGAAUUGUCCCAAGAAAUGAAAAGCCUCCGGAAUGUGAUGAAACACUCGAACUAAACACGCCUUCAGUAGAGUGGACUAAUGGUCGAACCCCUCAUAUGAAACUUCCUCGGACCAAGGAUGUUCUUGUGAAUGGACACACUGUCAAAGUGAAGUUUUGCGACACAUGUUUGCUUUAUCGGCCUCCUCGAACAUCUCAUUGCUCCAUCUGCAACAACUGUGUUCAGAAAUUUGAUCAUCAUUGCCCGUGGGUUGGCCAAUGCAUUGGUAUACGCAAUUACAGAUAUUUCUACAUGUUCAUUUCAACAUCAACGAUCCUAUGCGUAUACAUUUUUUGUAUCUCUUGGUACUAUAUAAUCAACCAGCAAGGCAGUUUGUUAGAAGCCAUAUCGCACGAUUAUUUGUCGGAUGUUCUUAUCGUGUACUGCUUCAUCGCGUUUUGGUUCGUCGGGGGACUAACGAUUUUCCACUUCUACUUGAUCAGCACAAACCAGACUACGUACGAGAACUUCAGGUAUCGAUACAAUCGAAAGCAGAAUCCAUAUAACAAAGGGGUGAUCAUGAACUUCAAAGAAGUCUUUAGCUCUAGUAUCCCGCCAUCGAUGAAUGACUUCCGAGCAAUAGCAAGGGAAGAUGGGGCUGCCAAUAUGGAGCCCGUGAAUCACACAUCGAAUGUAAAUGUCAAUGACGAUAUAGAACAAGGUGUCGAAAGGGGAACUACAUUUAACGAGAAUGACGCUAUGAAUGUUCCUCAUAUUUUGCGGAAUCUGCAAUUGGAUGAAAUCGAGGAAAGUUUGAAACACCGGGAAGAAAGCGAACGCUCUCCUCCUCACCCAUUCGUCAAUCGCAUCGAACAAGACAUCGACAAGCCCACGAGCAGCUCGAAGACCAAAUUUACGGACAAAACCGAAGAGAAAUAUGACGAUGAUAUCUGAAACAAAGUAAAGCAUCAAGGCAACUAUACAAUACAGAUGUUUGUAUUGCUUACUUUCAAGACAGCUAGAAAAAGGGAUUCUUUUCUGAGGUUUCUUGAAUCAGAAAACAUCAAAUUUAGCUUCAGGGUAUUGCAAGGAUUGAUUGAUUGAUUGAUUAUGGUGAAGAUAAACCCUGUGGAAGUAAAGUAGUAGUUUGGAUUUAAUGAAUAUGAACAAACAGUUGAUUUUUUAUUUUUUAUUUUCAUCUGGCUUUACUAUUUUUCAUUGUUCUGUAUAAUCAUCCUUUGCAUUGUCCUUUCAUUUCCUUGAAAGUUCUUUCACUAACUUGUGCGCCGGGCGCGCGCGUAUAAUUUUAAGAUUCGCUUGUCGAAGGAUGAUAAAAGAUUACAUGGUUUCCUAUUCCCAC